UAUCCGGUGUGGAAACAUGUGGAACUGAUCGACUAGUUACAAAAUCGGCCUGUCCACAGCUUUAUAAUUUUUUUUACCACUUCAAAAGCAUCGUUUGAUUCUCUACUUCUCGACCAUGUCUGCCCAAGUGAAGCAGGACCACGUGGACGAGGUCGGGCGGAUGUUGGCGGACGGUUCGCGACCGCUGACCGAGAGAUUCCGGGCGCUGUUCACCUUACGCAACCUGGGCGGGAGGGCGGCGGUAGACUGGAUCGCCCAGGCGUUUGAGGACCCGUCUGCGCUGCUGAAGCACGAGCUGGCGUACUGUCUGGGGCAGAUGCAGGAUCCGUACGCCAUUCCCGUGCUGCUAGGCGUGCUGAAAGACAAGGGACAGGAACCCAUGGUCAGGCACGAGGCAGGAGAGGCGUUGGGUGCCAUUGGGUCUGCAGAAGUGUUGGAUGUCCUGGAGGAGUAUGCUCAAGAUGACACUGUGGAGGUUGCAGAAACCUGUCAGUUGGCCGUCCAGAGAAUCCGUUGGCUGAACAGUAAGCAGUCACAGGAAGAGACCCUAGAACCCAACCCUUACUCAUCUGUGGACCCUGCACCCCCAGCGCCGACAAUGGAUGUGUCCGAGCUGAGGACAGUGUUGCUAGAUGAGACUCUCCCGCUGUUUGCGAGAUACCGGGCCAUGUUCACUCUCCGGAAUAGGGGUGGUCAGGAUGCUGUCCUAGCACUCGCCGAAGGCCUGAAGUGCAGCAGUGCCCUUUUCCGACACGAGAUCGCGUACGUUCUGGGACAGAUCCAGCACAGGGCCUGCGUCCCGCAGCUCAUCCAGGCGCUCGAAAGGAAGGACGAGAAUCCGAUGGUCCGACACGAGUGCGCGGAGGCGCUGGGUUCCAUCGCGGAGGACGCGUGCAUGGACGUGCUACAGAAGUACGCGUCGGAUCAGGAGAGGGUUGUACGGGAAAGCUGCGAAGUCGCUCUGGACAUGUUAAACUAUGAGAACAGUCAACAGUUCCAAUAUGCAGACGGACUGUCUAAAGUACAUGCAGGGGAGCAGAUAGAUAAAUAAAUAGAUAGAUAGACAACAAUGUGUGGUAGUCAUGCUUUUAAUAUCAUCAUAUAUAUAUGUACAAUGUAUGCUUGCAGUUGUUUCUUUUUUUGCAGUUGCAAAAUCUUGACUCUGGGAAUUUGGGUUUCCAUUGUAUUAAUGCUGUUCUGCAAAUUUGUUUGAUUCACAAAAUGUCCAUUGUCCUCUUGAAAUCAAUGAAUUUACAGUACUGUGAUAUCAGUUUUCUUUUCACUCGCACUAUUGAAUUAAUACAAUACUAGUAUAAUGACAUAGAAAUUAAUGUACAUGUGUACAUGUAACAACAAAACCCUGACUGGAAUGUUUGAUGAAAAGUUCUCAGUCUUAUUUAUUUAUGGUGGAAACAGCAUAACAAAUGAAUAAAAGGCAUCUAAAAUCUA